AUGCUUAAUCACCAGAUUAAUUACUACCAAGAACACGAUCAAGUUUAUCCUCGUCUUGAUGCUUCAACAGCUUUUCAGAGAGCUUUAACGACCUGGGCUUCGUGGGUUGAUAGAUAUAUCAACCCACGUAAAACAAAAGUGUUCUUUAGAAGCUCUGCACCUUCUCAUUUCAGUGGAGGUCUAUGGAACUCAGGAGGCCACUGCAAAGAAGCUUUUCGACCCCUCAACGAGACUUUUGACAAUGGUUACCCGGAGAAAAAUGUGAUCGUGGAAGAGAUAAUAAGACAGAUGAAGACUCCUGUGACAUUCUUAAACAUAACACACAUAUCGGAUUAUAGAGUAGAUGGUCACCCGUCCGUAUACGGUCGAAACACUGAGAAGGGCAAGACAGGAGUUCAAGAUUGCAGUCACUGGUGUCUUCCUGGUGUACCUGAUACUUGGAACCAAUUGUUGUAUUUCUAUUUACAAUCAAAAAGAAAAGACAGUUUCGGAAUGUAG